AUGCUUCCCAAAACAAAUGACGUCCUCCUCAACCAGGCCGAAGAUGGCGAUCCAGAGAGUCUGCUCCAGAUGCCUGCACACAAAGUGUUCUAUAGCCAACACUUAAGCGCCGCCGAAACCCUUAACAGGACACUUGAUCAAAUGAUAAAGUGUGCUUCCGCCUCAACAACUGCUGGUAACUCUUGCCUGGGUAAAGGACUCAGACAUAAUUUCAUUUACUCGGAAUCGGAGCAGCGGUUGGAGACGCUGGUUUUCCAACAUCACAAACCGAAAUUCUCCGCUCGAUAUGCGGACGACACCUUCGGCGUAAUUGAGCGGGAUCAGAUGCUGGCAUUCAAAGAAAGUCUAAACGCCAUCUUCCCGAACAUUCAAUUUACGAUGGAGGACGAAGAAAACAACCAGUUGGCCUUCCUGGAUGUCUUCGUUCGCCGCUAA